CUUCAUUCGUUUGCCUGCUCGCGUGCUUUACGGUUCGAGAUUAACGAGAAAAUCUUGUAAAAACCUUUUAACAAAAAAAAAAUUACUCCAUGGAUUCAUAAACAAAUUUUGCGAACAAAAUAUAUAGCCACAGUAAAUGGAGAACUCUUCAACAAUUUCCUAAACAUUUAAGAUUUUUUUUUGCGUGCCAAUAAAACGACAACGAAACUGCAAGAACGCCUUGUAUGGAGCAUGUCCACAGAUAAUCCCACACAGUUGCUGACCACUCGUGAUUUGAGCCAACUGCGUGGACAUCUGCAAUCCGGAACAGUAGCGGUGCCCUCCACGCCCACUUCUGUGGUGGCAGCAGCAGCAGCAACAGUGGCUGCCGCCCAUGGAUACCGCACCAUUGCACCGACCCAACAACCCGCCAACAACAGCAGCAGUAGCAGCACUAGCAGCAGCACCAACAGCAGCACAGCAACAGCAGCAGCAGCAGCAGCAUCAGCUCAACCACCUGUAAUACCACCAGUUAUAUCCACAAGCAAUAGCAACAUGCCGGCAAGUGCCUCAAAAUAUGUAUUUCUGCAGCACAAUCACAAUGGUGGUUUUACGGCAUACGAUGGCUCUGCAGCCACAACAGCAGCGGGAAGCACCGGAACUGUAGGUGCCACCGGUGGCAAUAUAGUACUCCUGGCAGCCGCGCCGCUGGAAGCCAGUUCCGGCGAGGCUUUGGUCAAUGUGCGAACAACUGAAGAUGAUGGGGAGUUGCGUUCACUGUCCUGGCUCAGCGAUACCAAUUUAAUUAAGGGCAUUGUGACCACUACGGCCGGACAGGCAGGAAAACGUGGUGCAACGGUGGCCAUCAAGUCGACGGCUGGAGCAGCAGGCACGGUGGGAUCCGGUGCCCCCAAUGGCAAUCUGUGUAUAGUCAGCGAUUUGAUAGAAGAGCUACCCACUAAUCUGAGUGAAACCAGUGAACAGGAGUCGACCGGAGGAGCAGCAAGUGGGUCGGUACCAGCAGCAUCAACUGUGUACAGCACCACAACGGUGCACAAAGGAGCCAGUGGCACCACCACCGUGGUGGAGUACAAGGCCAGCAAAGCCAAUCAGCAGCAGCAACAGCCGCAGCAGCAGCAGCAACAACAACAACAGACGACCUAUUUGCCAACGCCGACAAGAACCACAAUGGUGGGUCACGGCUAUAUGCCUGUGGUGGUCAGCAGUGCCAGCCAACCCAUACUAUCGCCCGCCAAACAGCAGCUACCGCAACAGAUUUACGUGACCAGCAAUGGCAGUUCACCAGCCGGCGGCGGGACCAUCUACAAGGCAGCCAACCCGGCACUUAGCUCGCCAACCACCAGCAGCAGCAGUAGCAACACCACCACCCACCAUCCGCACAAGAAGUAUCUGCGCGAAAAGAUGCACGUCCAGAUGGAUCACAGCAGUCAUGUGGCCUCAACCGUUACGGUGGUCAGUUCGCCGGCCUCCUCGAACAAUUCCUCGAUUAGCAGCUCCAACACAGGCUCUGUAUCCGGUUCGGGUUCCUCGACAGCGGCUGUGAAUGGUGGCAAUAGCCCAGUGCCCAAGACCAGUAGCUUUAGCACCGUAUUCGAGGCGGUCAACUAUGCCACAUCGGCUGCCAGCAACAGCAGCAGCAGCAACAGCACACCCAACAGUCAAGCCAUACUCCAUGGCCAGGAGUCGCCGGCUGUGGUGACCACAACGACAUUGAUCAGUGCCGGAUCCCUGCCGCCGGGCUACAGCUUCGUCAAUCAAGUGGCCAGCACGCCGCAUGUGCUUUCCACACCAGCGCAUGUUGCCUCUCCGGAAACGCCACCCGGAGCAGCUUUGUUGCCAGGAACUUAUUAUGCCACAAGCACCACAUCAGCGGGCACAACCACAACCACUUUGCAGCCGCGCAGUCUGCAGUUAUCCGUCUCGCCGCCGCCGCCAAAUAUGACGCCCACGAGUCAAGUGCACAAUGGAUCACUAGGAGGAGGAGGAGGAGGAGGAUCCGGAGGAGGAGGAGCCAACCUGCGGAGUCCUAAUAGCUACGCCAGCUACGACAACGAGGAUUCCCUCAAGGAAUUCGAUCUGGUGGUCAGCUCACGCUUGCACACAAGCACGCCGCAAUAUUCGGUGUCCAAAAAUGGAGCCAACGCUUAUGGUAACGGCAACAGCAAUGUGAAUGGCGGCGGAGCUGGUUCCAAUACGCCGCAAAAGCAAAAGCAUCCCAAUAACGUGCCAUACGAUCCGCUAGUGCAUACCAAUAACAAGCCGCCAUAUAGCUUUAGUUCCUUGAUCUUCAUGGCCAUUGAGGGUUCGAAUGAGAAGGCACUGCCCGUUAAAGAGAUCUAUGCGUGGAUUGUGCAGCACUUUCCGUACUUCAAGACGGCUCCCAAUGGCUGGAAAAAUAGCGUGCGCCACAAUCUCUCGCUGAACAAGAGCUUCGUCAAGGUGGAGAAGGCGCCGAACAUGGGCAAGGGAUCGUUGUGGCGUGUGGAGCCACAGCAGCGCCAGAAUCUCAUCCAGGCGCUAAACCGUUCGCCCUUCUUUCCCAACUCGGCGGUGGAUAAAAUCAGUCCCUCGCUCAAGAGUCCCAGUGGUGGAUCCGCAUACGAUAGCCUCGAUGGCGGCGGCAGUGGUGCGGUUACCUCGGCUCAGCCAGCGGCUGCUGGUGCUGGAGUUCCGGCUGCCGCAGCCGUGGCUCUGUCCACGCCCACCAAAAGCAAUGGUCUGGCGCUGGCCAAUGGUGCUAGUCAGGCCACAAACGCGGCCAGGCCGCAUAGUCCCAAUGGUGGUGGCAGUGGCAGUCAUGCCCGCUUCGAUCCCUACCUAUUCCCCAAUCUGUCCAAAGCUUUUCGCAAUAUACGCGAGGAUACGGUCGGGCAGCCACUGCUGCAAGAUGCCCUCGAUGACGAGCUGUCCGGCGAUUAUCACAAUAAUAAUAAUAACAAUGGCAGUGGCAGCAAGUACAAUUACGUGGGUUUGAAUGGGUCAAAUGGAGCUGGCAGCGGUGGUGCUGGGUCCAACGCAAAUGGAGCUUCCGACGGCAUCAAUUUCGCGCGAUUGGCCCGCGAUUGCGGAGCGGACAGCAUGGACGAUGUGCAUGCGGCGACGGCGAUGCUCUACCUCAAACACGGACCAAAGGCCUUUAGUGAGCCCUUCCAGAAUGGUAAUGGCCCGGUGAUAACGAGUUCGCCGAGCGAGGAUCACACCUACUCGGCGGGUGGCAACAGCAAUGCGGACAGCGGCUCCUCCACGCCACUGACCAAUGGCAAUGCCCUGGCCAGCGUGGCGCAAGCAGUGGCCCAGGCUCAGAAUAACCAGGGAGGCGCUGGAUCCGAUAGCAACUGCGCCAGCUCGGAUGCUGCCUACGAUAGCAGUGAGGAGAAUCACAACAUCACGCCCGAGGAGAUGGCCGAUCGGCAGCGACAUCGCGACGGCGUGGACGCCCUGCUCUCGUUAUCCGGCUCCUCGAUUGUGGAGUGCGGCUCGGUGGCCACCACACAUUAUCACAGCAACGGCAGCAGCGGCAGCAGCCAUGGAUCCCCGCACAAGCGAGCCUCGAGUCACAGUUUGGAGGAGGAGCACCUGCAGCAGCACAGGGAACAGCAGCUGCAGCAGCCACAGCAACAUCACCACCAGCAAUUUGGCAGCACUCAAGCGGUCUACACCAAUGGCAGUGGCAGCAAGAUGGCUUUAUUGAGCAGUGCUGCCGCCAAUGUGGCACUCGCUCAACAGCAGCAGAUUCACCAGGACUUGUACUCCUCGACGGCUGGACACAAUGCCAGUAUGUAUCUGGGCGGACUGAACAAUCACUGUUUGCCCGGUGGCGGCGGUGUGGGCUCGGUGAACGUGGCGGCGGGCAUGUUGCCACAGCAUUUGAGUGCUGCAACGGCGGCAAGUAAAAAUAAGGUGAAACCAUUGCGAGGAUUACGCACCAAGUUUAAGCGAAAGUCCGCCUGGAUGCGGUGAAUAUGGCGACAGGCUGGCGGUAAAUGGACCUAGUACAGCCGUCCAAAGAUCGCCACCCUAACCACGCCCCUGCCCAUACGCCCUCCCGCCCCUGCGAUCUGUUGUUGUCUCUUUCUAAAGCAAAAAUUGUUCAAAUCACAGAGCAUUUAGACUAAAUUUCGUAAUCUUAGCAAGUUCAUAGUUUCUUCAGAUUUUUUAUUGCUCUAUCUUUUACAAAUUCUUGUGUGUUUUCGUUUUUGUUAUAGAAGUUUUUUUGACUACCAUUUUUUUUUUAUUAUUCAUUUAAAACCUUAGCCCUUAUGUUUUUAGGUUUUUUUUCUGUGACUUUACUAUGCCCCGCAAUUGAAUGUUGGCCAUUUAAUUAUUACUUGAUUAACUAUUACUAUAUGAUUUAUAAGUCAUCCUAGCUGCAAUUUCUUAGAACUCCUAGAUGUUAAGUGACUUCUUAUAUUUUAGCUUGUAAUUUUAAAUUGUGCAAAUAUUUUACAGACCAAUCGCAGAACGAAAUUACUUUUAAUGGCAACCAAUUGAAAUCGAAAUCAGAGUUAUAAUGAAAAAGUAUCUGGUUUUUUAGGGCCCACAAUUCGUUGUUAGCUUUUAAUACAUACAAAACUCUAUUUUAUUUGUUUUUUAACUCGCGACACGAGGGACACAAGCAAAGUGAACUUCUCCAGCGUAUCAGUGACAAGGUUUAUAUCAAAGGAAACAACACAUAAAACACCAACUAAUUGAGCUAAGUAGGAAAGAGUAGCUAAGUAAAAGAAAAUAAGAAAAAAAUUGUAAAAAGCGCAAGAAAAAGGAAAAAAUGUAGAAAGCAAACGCAACGUUUGUACAAAUAGCAACCAGAAUUAAGAUUCUUUUUUAUUUCGGUCUUGUGCCGCAAGAAAAGGUUUUUCCUACACUUAUAAGAUCCAAAACACCCUACUUACAUGAUCUAAAAACAAGCGAUAUAAAAAUAUAUACAUAUAUAUAUAUAUAUACAUAUAGAUGGAGAGUUAUAUAGAGAAACGUAAGAUAAGCCAAGCAAAAAAACCCACAAAGAAACACACAUUUAGCGCCUUAUAUAUUGAGUCCUUAGCUAAAAACGAAAGAGAGAAAAUGUUGAAUUGUUUGAACUGCUUUGUUAUACGAAUGCAUGAGUACAUAUAUAUAUAUUCUAUAUAUAUUUAAGGCCCCAUCCAUAUUUUGACCUGCCUAGUAACCCCUUCCCUCCGCUCCCCUCCCCCUCACCACACUCAAGCAAAUGUUAAAUCAAAGAUAUUUAGUUGAUAAGCCAGGGAGUAAACCGGAAAUCCUAAUUGUAAGCUUCAUUUAGAUGGUUACGUACAUAGUUGAAAUGCUAAACAUUUGUUAACAAGAAUCCAACCGUAAGCUAGCCGAUUUUAGUUGAAUGAACCUCCUGCAAUUUCCCUACCCAGGUGUACAUAUAUACAAAAUGGAUUGAGCUGUUGAAAUGAUGCUGCACAUCUUUACAUAGGCAUAUUGUGGAAACCAAGAAAUACUUAUUAAUUAAAUAAUUAAAUAGGCGGAAGGAAAAACUUGACAAAGAACGCCCUAAGUGUUUACACUUCAUGUACCUUUUUAGCAAAAAGCAAAAAACGCAAAAGCAAAGAUCGCAUUAAAAUUGUAUACAUACAUAUAUUAAAACUACCAAUUACGAAACUAAACUAAAUGUUGAUGUCAAAGAGAAACCAAUUUGCUAGUUGUUACAAACCAGAAAAGAAAACAUAAAACAAAAAAACAGAAAAACAAUGUUAAAACUAUUUUGUUCCCUCAACAACAUAUUAUUAAGAUUAUGGUUUUUGUUUUUUUUUUAGUUUAAUUACGUAAAAAUAUUGCCUUGAUGCAUAUUUUGGGGAAGGAAUGUGACUAAAAUACCAGAAGCGAGAACAACAAAAUAAUUGUAUGCCUAGCUUUAACUUAAGGUCCUAAAAGCAAGAAAAAAAACCAAAAUACAACCCUUUUUCAUAAAAUCCUUCGUACGACACACAGUGAAAGACAAUCGCCGCCCGUGUUGUUGUCGUUGUCGCUUAAGUUUAAAGUUUAAACAAAUUCUAUGUAGCUAUAGAUACCUACGAGUAAUAUAUAUAUAUAGAUUACACACACACACACACAGCAAUAGCAAAGUACAUAUACAACAAAUAUUGUUAUACAACCUUACGCUUUUGCCGAGAUAAGGUGGAUAAAACUAUCUUCCCGAACCCACAGAUUCUAGAGCCCAUAAUCCACCAUAUAUCUGCAAAAAAAAAAAAAACAAUCGAUGAGCUAACCACUUUUGUUACCGUGUUUUUUCUUCUACUUUAAUUAUUAUAUCGCAUCAUUAUUAUUAUUACCGUAUAUAUUCAUGGUAUAUAUACUUACAUAUAUGAUUAUACAACUUUUUUUGCGUACCAAAUACACACCAAUCAAAAUGUGAAAUAUUUUCUUUAUCUCUAUGUGUUUUAUUUCGGUUAAAUUUCUCACAUCAUUUUAUCAUUUUGUGGGUUGUUAUUUUAUAAACUUUAAUUUCUACUCCUAUUGACAGCAAUGUGAAUAUAGCUUGUAGUUGUACAUAAAUGAAUAUAGAGUUUAUAUAGAGAGAUCGGAUUCUGUUGAACUAUAGUAAGUGCCUGCCUCCUCCCAUGAUGAAGUUGAAACAAAAAAAAAAUAUUAAAACCUGGGCCAAAACCAGAGUAGAGCUUUGAUUAAACGUCGCACUGUUGCCAAUUUUCAUAGAUUCGUUUGUUAAAGUGUUAGCUUGAAGCUAAAAGAAAUCGAUCCUUAAGCCCCGCCUUGCUUUAGCCUGAAAAAAAGAUAACAACGAUAAGACACUCACCUACACACAAUGUACAGACUACAGGGUAUCCAAAACAUCUCGAACAAACCGAACGGAUUGAGAUAUAUUUGCCCACAUACAAACAAACUUGUAUAUCUCUCCGAUGAAUAGGAUGAUCAAUCUGUUUGCCCUCCAAGGUUUCAACUAGCGCCUGUUUUUAUGUCUUUAAAACCUCUGUACCAAACAAAAAAAAAAAACGAAAAAAAA